UCGCGCGCGCCGCCGAGGUUCCGCACGCCGUCGCGCGGGCCGGGCGUCUCUGUGCAGCCUGGGUCGCCGAUGGGGGAGGUGGAGCCCGGGCCCGCGGGCCCGCUGGAGCCCCCGGAGCCGCCCGAAGCGCCCGCGAGCCGCCGGCCGGGAGGGAUCCGGGUCCUGAAGAGAAAUAUGAAACGCAAUGGGAGCAGAAAUUGUUUGAAUAGGAGAAGUAGGUUUGGUUCUCGAGAAAGAGACUGGCUAAGAGAAGAUGUAAAGAGAGGCUGUGUUUACCUUUAUGGAGCAGACACUACCACUGCCACUACAACCACCACCACCUCCUCUUCCUCUUCCUCCUCCUCCUCUUCCUCUGACUUACAUCUGGUCCUUUGCACUGUAGAGACACCAGCAUCAGAAAUAUGUGCUGGAGAGGGAAGAGAAAGUCUUUAUUUACAGCUUCAUGGAGACCUGGUCAGGAGACUGGAACCUACUGAACGACCUCUUCAGAUUGUUUAUGAUUACUUAUCCAGGCUGGGAUUUGAUGAUCCUGUGCGCAUACAAGAGGAGGCUACAAAUCCUGACCUCAGCUGUAUGAUUCGAUUUUAUGGUGAAAAACCAUGCCACAUGGAUCAUUUGGAUCGAAUCCUACUGUCUGGCAUCUAUAGUGUACGCAAGGGAAAGACCCAGCUGCAUAAGUGGGCUGAGCGCCUAGUUGUCCUCUGUGGUACCUGCCUUAUUGUUUCCUCAGUGAAGGAUUGUCAGACUGGAAAGAUGCACAUUUUGCCUUUGGUUGGUGGAAAGAUAGAAGAAGUGAAGCGACGGCAAUACUCCCUUGCUUUCAGCUCAGCAGGAGCCCAAGCUCAGACCUAUCAUGUCAGCUUCGAGACUUUGGCCGAGUACCAGCGAUGGCAACGGCAAGCAUCCAAGGUGGUGUCCCAGCGAAUCAGUACCGUGGAUCUCUCAUGUUACAGCCUCGAGGAGGUUCCUGAGCAUCUCUUCUAUAGUCAAGAUAUUACCUACCUCAACUUGCGACACAACUUCAUGCAGUUAGAAAGACCCGGAGGCCUCGAUACACUCUACAAAUUUUCUCAACUGAAGGGCCUGAACUUGUCCCAUAAUAAACUUGGGUUGUUUCCUAUAUUGUUAUGCGAGAUCUCUACCCUGACUGAGCUCAACCUUUCCUGUAAUGGAUUUUAUGACCUACCAAGUCAAAUUGGCAAUCUGCUAAAUCUUCAAACCCUCUGUCUUGAUGGCAACUUUCUGACUACUUUACCUGAAGAAUUGGGAAAUCUACAACAGCUUUCCUCCUUGGGAAUUUCCUUCAACAACUUUAGUCAGAUUCCUGAGGUUUAUGAGAAACUCACUAUGUUAGAUAGAGUGGUUAUGGCAGGAAAUUGCCUGGAAGUCCUGAACUUAGGGGUGCUGAAUAGGAUGAACCAUAUCAAGCAUGUGGAUUUAAGGAUGAACCAUUUGAAAACCAUGCUUAUUGAAAAUCUGGAGGGAAAUAAACACAUCACCCAUGUGGAUCUGCGGGAUAACCAACUGACUGACUUGGAUCUUAGCUCCUUAUGCAGCUUGGAACAGCUGCACUGUGAGCGGAAUCAGCUGAGGGAGCUAACACUCAGUGGCUUCUCCCUUCGGACCCUCUAUGCCAGUUCCAACAAGCUGACAGCAGUGAACGUCUAUCCAGUACCCAGCCUGCUCACUUCCUUGGAUCUCUCCCGAAACCUGCUAGAGUGUGUCCCUGACUGGGCCUGUGAAGCAAAGAAGAUAGAAGUAUUAGAUGUGAGCUAUAAUCUUCUCACAGAGGUUCCCGUGAGAAUUCUGAGUAGCUUGAGUCUUAGAAAACUGAUGCUGGGACACAAUCAUGUGCAAAACCUCCCAACACUGGUAGAGCACAUCCCCCUUGAGGUGUUGGAUCUUCAGCAUAAUGCACUCACGAGGCUGCCAGACACCCUCUUCUCCAAGGCCUUAAAUCUCAGAUACUUGAAUGCAUCUGCAAAUAGUCUGGAGUCUUUACCAUCCGCCUGCACUGGAGAGGAGAGUUUGAGUAUGCUGCAGCUGCUUUAUCUGACCAACAAUCUCCUGACGGAUCGGUGCAUACCUGUCCUGGUAGGGCACCUGCACCUGCGAAUCUUGCACCUUGCAAACAAUCAGUUACAGACCUUUCCUGCAAGCAAACUAAAUAAAUUGGAGCAAUUGGAGGAACUGAACCUAAGUGGCAACAAGCUUAAAACCAUUCCCACAACCAUAGCAAACUGCAAAAGGCUGCACACCCUUGUCGCACACUCCAACAACAUCAGCAUUUUCCCAGAAAUACUGCAGUUGCCUCAGAUCCAGUUUGUAGACCUAAGUUGCAACGACUUGACAGAAAUCCUGAUUCCAGAGGCUUUGCCUGCUACAUUACAAGACCUUGACCUGACUGGAAAUACAAAUCUGGUUCUGGAACACAAGACACUGGACAUAUUUAGCCAUAUCACAACCCUGAAAAUUGAUCAGAAACCUUUGCCAACCACAGAUUCUACAGUUACGUCAACCUUCUGGAGCCAUGGACUGGCUGAGAUGACAGGGCAGAGAAAUAAGCUGUGUGUCUCAGCACUUGCUAUGGAUAACUUUGCAGAGGGGGUGGGAGCUGUGUAUGGCAUGUUUGAUGGAGACCGAAAUGAGGAGCUCCCACGCCUGCUGCAGUGUACGAUGGCAGAUGUGCUUUUAGAAGAGGUACAGCAAUCAACUAAUGACACAGUUUUCAUGGCUAACACCUUCUUGGUAUCUCACAGGAAAUUAGGAAUGGCUGGCCAGAAGUUGGGCUCCUCCGCUCUCCUGUGCUACAUCCGCCCUGACACUGUCGAUCCAGCAAGUAGCUUUAGCUUGACUGUAGCCAAUGUUGGCACGUGUCAAGCAGUCCUGUGCCGAGGUGGGAAGCCAGUGCCCCUCUCUAAAGUCUUCAGCCUGGAGCAGGACCCAGAGGAGGCGCAAAGGGUGAAGGACCAAAAAGCCAUCAUCACAGAGGACAACAAAGUGAAUGGGGUAACCUGCUGUACCCGCAUGCUGGGCUGUACAUACCUCUACCCUUGGAUCCUCCCCAAGCCCCACAUAUCUUCCACUCCGCUGACCAUUCAAGAUGAGUUGCUGAUUCUGGGAAACAAAGCAUUGUGGGAACACUUGUCCUACACAGAAGCUGUCAAUGCUGUACGUCAUGUACAAGACCCAUUAGCAGCUGCUAAGAAGCUGUGCACGUUAGCGCAGAGCUAUGGCUGUCAGGACAAUGUAGGGGCGAUGGUGGUUUAUUUGAAUAUUGGUGAGGAAGGCUGCACUUGUGAAAUGAAUGGGCUCACUCUCCCAGGUCCUGUGGGAUUUGCUUCAACCACCACUAUCAAGGAUGCCCCUAAGCCAGCCACUCCAUCCUCUAGCAGUGGGAUUGCCUCUGAGUUCAGCAGUGAGAUGUCCACCUCAGAGGUGAGCAGUGAAGUGGGGUCCACUGCUUCUGAUGAGCAUAAUGCUGGGGGCCUGGACGCUGCCUUGCUUCCGAGGCCAGAGCGGCGCUGCAGCCUCCACCCAACACCCACCUCUGGGCUGUUUCAGCGCCAGCCUUCUUGUGCUACCUUCUCCAGUAACCAGUCUGACAACGGCCUGGACAGUGAUGAUGACCAGCCCGUUGAGGGGGUCAUAACCAAUGGCAGCAAGGUAGAGGUGGAAGUAGACAUCCACUGCUGCAGGGGGAGGGAUCUGGAGAACUCACCCCCUCUCAUAGAGAGUUCUCCUACCCCGUGUUCUGAGGAACAUGCUAGAGGGUCGUGUUUUGGGAUCCGAAGACAGAACAGUGUGAAUAGUGGCAUACUCCUGCCAAUGAGCAAGGACAGGAUGGAGUUACAGAAGUCUCCCUCCACCUCCUGCCUCUAUGGGAAGAAACUCUCCAAUGGCUCUAUUGUGCCCCUAGAGGACAGCCUGAACCUCAUUGAAGUGGCCACAGAAGUGCCCAAGAGGAAAACUGGCUAUUUUGCUGCCCCCACUCAGAUGGAACCAGAGGACCAGUUUGUUGUGCCUCGUGACCUGGAAGAAGAAGUGAAGGAACAAAUGAAACAGCACCAGGACAGCCGGCUCGAGCCUGAGCCCCUCGAAGAGGAUCGGACCGAGCCCCCGGAGGAGUUUGACACAGCACUAUGACUGCCCCACUGGGCACAGUGUGGGAGGAGGCUGUGCAGGGUUGGAGUAGGGACCUGCCAGAGGCAUUCUGCCUCUAUGUUUCUUUUUGUUUGUUUGUUGUUUUUUUUUUUUCUUGAGACAGAGUCUCGCUCAGGCUGGAGUGCAAUGGUGCGGUCUCGGGUCACUGCAACCUCUGCCCCUGGGUUCAAGCCAUUCUCCUGUCUCAGCCUCCCGAGUAGCUGGGAUUACAGGCACCCGCCGUUAUGCCCGGCUAAGUUUUAUUUUUUUUUUUUAGAGACGGGGUUUCACCAUGUUGGCCAGGCUGGUGUUGAACUCCUGACCUCAGGUGAUCCACCCUCCUCCCCCUCCCAAAGUGCUGGGAUUACAGGCGUGAGCCACCACGCCCAGCCCUGCGUCUACAUUUCUAAACCAUAGCUGUGUGGGGUUGAACUCAGAGCCAAAAAGUGUGAGAGCCAUCAGGGGCUGGCUCUGGAUAAACUGGUAGCCACCAUCAGUGUUAAGUUUCACAUUUAACCUGCAUUGGAAUUCCCAGGGGGUACUGGGAAGAAAGCAGCUGUUCUGUAUCAGUCCUACCACCUGCCAUUAACCCUUUCUCUCCUAGGAUCAUUUUGAGAAUUUGCCUGCCUGGGCAGGAAAGGGACUAUUUCUGUGGAGGAAAAAAGUGAAGAUUGAUUCUCUUUACUAGUUGCUGCUGAUGGAUCUCUGUGACAGAGAAACCACCUUAUCUCAGACUAAUGGGGUGUGAUGUGACUAGUCACAUGGCUUUUCAUUCUUCUCUACGAGAAUACAGCCUAUCAAAAUGAUGUCUGUUGGAAAUGUAGAACCAAUCAAACAGAUAAUUUAUGUAUGUAAUGUAAUGAGAGCACUUUUCAUUGACUGUGAACUUUUUAUUUUUGAAUCUGCACUCGAGCCAAUCUUCUUAGAGGCAGCCCGGCACCUUCAUCCAUAGGCAGAGAGAGAAUUGGGUGUUGGAGACUUCUUCGAGGGUAUAGGAAGGGCCCUGUGAAGUUGAUUUAACUGUUGGAUGUCAGACUGUGAAAGCUCCUGAGAAACUUGGGGUAAUAGAAUCUUCUUUUGGGGAUGAAAAUGGGGAAGGCAUGAGGACCUAGACUACUUCUCCCUAGAUCAGAAAAAGAGAAUUACCCCUUGACAAAUAUGAUAUCUGCUAGGUAUUUCCCAGGGAAAUUUAGGGAUUGGCCUCUUUCCCUAGCAUGUGGUGGAAUUGGCAGACAGCUUCCUAAGGUGGGGGGGGAGGGCCAAGGCUGACACUGCUUGCAUCCACGUGACCUUAAGUUAUGGCAGAUGACUCUGAAACGGACUGAGGCCAAUGAGAACAGAUGGAUGGAGCACUCAGGUUAGACUUGUUCCUUCUCCUAUGCUGGAGGAGAGGGAUGGUUCUCUAGAAUGUUGGAAGUGAGUUGAGGGCUUGCCUCUUGAAUGUUGAACAGUGUACUCUUCUGAAAACUGCAUAUUCACUUUAUGUGGUUUCAGAAUACUGGGCUCAAUACUAACAUAAGAAAGAACUUCAUUGAGAAAUUCUUAAACUUACAGAAAACCUAUACUUUUUGCACAUUCCACAUAACCCUAGCAAAAUGCAGUUUCUUCAUAUUUCUGUCACUUUUUCCAUUGGAAGAUUUGCUUAGAAAAAUUAAUUCCUAUUUAUUCCCACAAAAUGUUGGCAUUGCUUGAUUUUACCCAAUGGCGAAUGUGCUUUGAUUUCUUGGAACAUUUUUACAAUUAAAAAUAAAGUAGAGCCAUUUUUAAUUUGUUUCAUCAGAAACAAUAUGUUAAAGAGAGGGUUAAAUAUAAAUAUAUUUUCGUGUGUAUUUUUGGGAAGAUUUUUUUUCAAAGCAAUAGUCAAAAAUCAGAUGACCUGUCCAUAAUAAUUAUGUGUCUUCAUCUUCUCAGAGGCCCCAUGCCCAUAUGCGUGUGUCAUUGGGAUACACUCUUUUUUUUUUUUUUUUUUUUUUUUUUGAGACGGAGUCUCGCUCUGUCGCCCAGGCUGGAGUGCAGUGGCGCGAUCUCGGCUCACUGCAAGCUCCGCCUCCUGGGUUCACGCCAUUCUCCUGCCUCAGCCUCUCCGAGUAGCUGGGACUACAGGCGCCCACCACCACGCCCGGCUAAUUUUUUGUAUUUUUAGUAGAGACGGGGUUUCACCAUGGUCUCGAUCUCCUGACCUCGUGAUCCGCCCGCCUCGGCCUCCCAAAGUGCUGGGAUUACAAGCGUGAGCCACUGCGCCCGGCCCGUCAUUGGGAUACACUCUUGGGGGAUUUGGUACACUCUAAUGGAUGUCUAAUGUUCAACCCCUCGAGAAUCUGAACUUGAGUGCCCAGAUUGUCAAACUACUGGUCAGCUAUUGAGAAUUUUAGAACUCAGGUCUUUGAUUUGAAGUAGGGAACACAGUGGCUCACACAGAGUUUAGGUGCUGUUAGAAAGAUGGGAACAAGAGUGUUUUGCCACCUUAUUUUUAUAUGGGAAAUUUUUUUUUUUAAUGAAGAAAAAGUGAAAUAACAGGAUGAUAGUGAAGAGUGAUGUAAAACAUCUUACUUAGACAGCAGAACCUUCGGGUUGUAGAAUAGUGAUGUCUAAAAAUUAAAGUUAUUUUGGGAAUACACCACUUUAAUAGUAUAGUCUUAUAAAAAUAAUUCAUUAUGGUGAACCCCUUUCUUGUCUGCUAUUCGUUUCCCACCCUACUUAUUGGAACCACCUCAAAACCCAGUUCUGAAAUGACCUUACCAAAAGUAAAUGUAUUUACUUUUUAGUCAGCAGAACACUGUAAUUCCAGAUGUUCUUCUGUGUGGUAGAAUUUUUUUUCAGGAACCAUUAGGUCGUAUUGAAAAUCUUUAUUAUAGGCAAUACCAAAACUGAUUAUUCUUUUUUGCAGUCUGCUUUAAUUCAUGUCCUGCAGUUGCUCUGUAUUAAAACAGGGUAAAAAGGCCAUAGCCCAUUAUGAAAAAUAUAAUACAAAACUUUGACCUAUGAGGUAAGUUACAGACAUUGUGUUUUCUAAACAGGCUGUCAGUGAAAGCCAGUAUCUGUCUCCAGGUGAAUGUAAUCUACUUCCGAGUACUUUACCCAGAGGAUGUGUUCCCCGGGUGGGCGGAGUACAGUUGAUCUCUAGCACAGAGAUUCUGGCCUCUGCAUAUUCUCAGGUCUCUGUGUGUACCUCCCAUUGAGUAGAGAAGCUUAAGAUAAUUUCUGAGAGAAGAACACUGCUGAUUAUGGGAGCAGUUUAGGAGUCCAUGGAAGAAAGAAAAAUACAUGUGUCUUGACAGCCAUGGUAUAUUUUUGUCCAAAUGGAUUGGAAGGAUAUUUGAAAAUUUGAAUGUUGGUAUGACAUAAAGCUGCAGUGCACUAUAGAGUCAAGUCAUUGAAUUACCACUCCUGAUACAGGGCUUUAUUGUACUACUGUGAAGUGUAUGUGUGCAAUACAUUGGUGAGUUCAUUUACUGGUGUAGAGCCAGCAGGAGCAGCGUGGUCAUUGCUGGGUGCUAUUACAGUUGCUUGUAGUGAGUGCUAUUUUCCAGGAGAUGGAGCCAGUUGGGUGUGGCAGAUCUACUGAAUAUCAAAUGAUGCUCUUCUUCCCAUGUAGACCUUUAGCAAAAGCCGGUACUUGGAAGCCACAGGCUCACCUUCUCUAUCUAUCCAAUAAUUAUUAAUGAAGAGACCUCCAUAAGGGAGCAGCUGGCUGUUAUGGAUAAAUGUACCAAUUAUUAAAUAAUUAGUCUCCAAGCCAUUCAGUGAUGUCUUCAGCAUCACUAUAGAACUGUCUAGUGUCACUUUUUACUUCCUUCUGGGUGGAGGCUUUCAGACUCCUGAUUAUGAAGGCAAGUUAAUCUUUCUCUCCAGUUAGUGACUUCUGCCCCAUAGUUGGGUAAGCACUUCCUAGAUUGAGAAAAAGCAGCUACAGUCAAUCCUGCUUUGUUUCCCUCAUUUGGUGAUCAGUCAGUCACACAUAAACUCCUUGUAUUCUAAAUUUCAUGCACUUCUCCCAGAUGCUAUAGGGUUUUCUCUCACUGUUGCCAAUGGAUGUCAUCCAGACAGUGGGCUCAUAUCUUACGGUUUUGUGCAAUCAUUGUCGUAUUGUAGUCUUAAGACUCAUUAUAGUGUAUUUUUGAUAUUUUUGAAAUGUGUUAAAUUUUUUAAUUCAAUAAUAUGAGCCAGAGCAUGUUGCAGCAAAUCUGUUUGUAAAAAUAACAAUAACAAUAAUAAAUAAAAUAAAGUGGAAUCUC